GUGGCAUUCAGUAAUAUUGUAUUUUUUAAAAACUUGUCAAAUGGGCAAUGCAUAGAAAAACAAACAUAAAUCAUCAUAACGAAAAAUUGUCGCCAAUCUCAUUAAUGGAACACUUUUGCAGAGCACUACAUCCGGACUUGGAUCUGAGCUCAACGUGUGUCAGCUGGUUUCGUCAAGCCACUGAACACUGUACCGAAUUGAUUUUGCAAAAGAAGCGCGGUACGGCUUUCUGGACGACACUUAAAAAUUUCCUCUUUCCCAAUCUUCAAACAUCAUUACUUAACCAAAAGAUUCCAAUCAGCAUACAUCCGAAUCGGUUAUCCGUAAGCGAUUGCCAUGCGCUCUUCCUGGACAUCGUUAACGAUUAUGUGGCGCGUGCCCCCCGCUAUGCCACCGAAGCAGCCACUAAUGCUUUACUCUGGCAAAUACUCUAUUCCCUGAUGGGGAUUAUGGCAUUAGGCACCUUAUUGGUCACUACAAUAUUCGCCUAUCGUAGAUAUGAACAAUCACUGGAGAAAUCGCUUGAUCCACUCGCAGCGGCCUUUGUGCCCGAGAAGUGUGCUGCCGCCUUUAUGAAUCGUAAUAUGCGUGUGCUCAAGUAUGAGCUUCAACGGUUGCAUGUGCAACAUAUCAUACAACCCGAGGAGUUGAUUUCACCUGAUGGCACUACGACACUUGUCAUGAAAGUUUCAUCAAAGCUGAAUUUCAUAGACGGCCUUGUGAGCAGCACGGGACAUUGUACCGGACGGUUGUAUCGUCUGCAAGAGUUGAACUCCAAAGUGAAACCUGAAUAUAAAACUGAGACAAUAGCGAAGAUGAUGCGUUUCACGAACAACUAUUCGCGCAAACUACAUUUGAUGGUGAUAUUUGAAGAAGAUCCUGUCUAUGAAGAUCUGCUACGGCGACGCCGACCAAGUCCGACAAAAACUGCACCACCACUGGCGUUACCAGUUAUAACCAAGAAGAAAAGCUCUAGUAGGCUAUCAAUGCGUCGCAGUGUCUCACGCUCCAGCAGUCCGCCCAAAAUUAAAGCGCCCAGUCCACGGCAACCAACGCAAAUACCGCGUAACCUCACCCGACUUGCCUCAAGUGUGAUAAUGAAGAAGUAG